AUGGCUGAAGCCGCAUUCUUUUAUAAUACUACGGUUCAGAAACCUGAUCGUUCAAAACCCCCAUCAGCACAUACGAAUAUACCCAUACAUUCGCAAGCGCAACCUGUAAGACCAUUUACCAAGAAAUCCUCUCGAUCCAGAUCUCAAUCAACAUCAAGUUCACAACGAAACGAAUUAUUACCAUUACCAUUGGAUCCCGAUUAUCCAACACCAGUACCAGCAGUACCACCACCACCAUUUAACCUUCAACAAGUUCCAUCCUCUCCUUCCACUCUUGACACUCUUGUUGGAACUACAACUUCCAAAAGCGAUAAGAGUGACAGUAAUAAUCAAGAAGUUAGCGAUAGGACGACGUCGUCCAGUGUGGGUACUGGUAUUAUUAUUAUGCUUUCAACCCCUUUAGUCGAUUACAAACACUCCGCAAAUCAAACCAAUAAAGCCCGGACCGCAACAGAAGCGAAAGCAAAGCGCAAAUCAUCAUCGACCUCGGGCCAUUCUUCUCACAGCAACAAAAAUGCAAGCGGAGUGGAACGGUAUGCCUCCACCAACUCCGCCGCUCACCAGCAGAGAGGAGUAUCAGAAUCCGCAGGAAGAGCAAAUAGUAUUUCUAGCACCGCAGGUUCUAGUCAAAUCUCAAAGAUAAAUUCAAAGGAUCGUGAUCCGUUAGGGUCAUCGAUAGAAGAUCUAAUGGCGCAACCAUUUACCAAACGAAAUGGUCGCCGAUAUCUACGAGAUCCAUCGCUGGCAUAUCCUCUACCCUGUGAUCUUCCCGAAAUACAUCGACAGACUUUACGAACGAUGUUACUAUGUCAAGUCUUCAACGGUCCUACAUGUUCUCCCGCUUUCAACAACCGACCCCCAAAACGAGUACUCGAGGUUGCGUGCGGCACUGGCUUUUGGAGUGUGAUGUGUCAUAAACAUUUUUCGCAUAAAGGUCACUCCUCAAUUUCAUUUACGGGUAUAGAUAUUGCGCCGCUGGCUCCCCGAAUGGAUGCCGACGAUGAUAUGAAUUGGCGGUUUGUCCAGCACGAUCUACGAAAAACGCCCCUUCCCUUUCGCGACGAAGAAUUCUCCUUAAUUAUGGUUAAGGACGCUAGCAUGAUACUAUCUACAAAAGACAACUUUCAGGCUUUGAUGGAUGAAUACUUACGAAUAUUGAAACCGGGAGGGACACUAGAAUUCUGGGAUGGCGAUCACACUAUUCGAAUGCUUCUGUCGCAUACACCACCUGCCACGAAAGACAAAGACAAUUCUAGACAAGCUCACAAACAAAUACACACCAAUGCCAUGGGCGCAUAUACCAUAACACCACAAACACCUCUAGCAGCACCACGAAAUCAAUUUCUCAUAGACUAUAAUACAUGGAUAUCCAAGGCCCUCGAGUCUAAAGAUUUACCUCCCAUGCCUUGUACGAAUAUCCGACCUCUUCUCCUGCAAGAAGCCGAAGUUCUCGAACAAAUCGAAAGUCGAAGACUAGCCAUCCCACUCGGCGAAGUACGUUGGGAGCGUGAAGGAGUAGGCGGAUCCGCCACUUUAAUGAACGGACUCCAUGGAUCGAACGGCAAAGUCAAAGAAGUCGAUCGCAAACACCUUACACCAGGACAAGCCGCCCUUCGCAGAACCGCGCUUAUGAGCAUUAUACAAAUGAUCGAGAGUCUAGAACCACUAUUGAAAGAAGCAAGUGGGAAAACCAUGGACGAAUGGGAUCGUUGGUGCGGGCAUUUGAUGACGGAUAUGUUGAAGAAUAAUGGAACAUCCUGGGGAGAAUGUCUAGAAGUCGGUGCUUGGUGGGCGAAGAAAAAAGAUCCGAAGUCUGAUUCGAAUACCUGA